AUGACAAUGCCAGUACAAAAUAUAGUUUUCACAUUAGUACUACUACUAGAAUCAAUCUUAUUGUACAAAUUUCUAGCUAAUUCAUGUUACAAAGCUGUAAUAAAAGUCAAAAACUCUGCCUUCCUUUUCAGGAAACCAUCUUUUAAAUCAUCCCAUCAGCUUCCUUUGUACCCCAAUAUAACAACAUGUAAUUUACAUGGUAGAAAAUCUCAAACAUUAGUAUGUGAUAUACAAGGCACUUUGCUUAGAUCACAAUCUUUUUUCCCAUAUUUUAUGUUAGUUGCAUUUGAAGGUGGGAGCAUUUUCAGAGCCUUUUUCUUGCUUUUGUCAAAUCCUUUAUUAUGUGUUUUAAAUUUUGAACUUAAAUUAAGAGUUAUGAUUUUCAUUACAUAUUGUGGAUUAAGAUUAAAGGACAUGGAUAUUGUUGGAAGAGCUGUUUUGCCCAAAUUUUAUCUUGAAAAUCUUAAUCUUCAUGUUUAUGAGGUGUUAAAUUCAGUAGGGGUAAAGAUGGUAUUUACUAGUGUGCCUAGAGUAAUGGUUGAAGGAUUUCUUAAAGAGUAUUUAAAUGUUGAUAAUGUUAUUGGGACUGAGUUGCAUACUAUUGGGAAUUACUUUAGUGGAUUGGUAUCCAAUUCAGGGUUGCUUAUAAAGCACAGAGCUUUAAAGGAAUUCAUUGGUGAAAAGAAACCAGAUAUUGGUAUUGGAACUUCAAGUCUUAAUGAUCAUCUCUUUAUCUCCUUUUGUAAGGAAGCUUAUGUGGUUAACAAAGAAGACAUGAAAAUUGGUGCAAGCUCAACAAUAAUGCCAAGGGAGAAAUAUCCAAAGCCUCUAAUAUUUCAUGAUGGAAGGCUAGCUUUCCUUCCUACACCUCUUGCAACUUUUUCAAUGUUCAUAUGGUUUCCUCUUGGAAUAUUUCUAGCAAUUUUUAGAAUCUCCAUUGGUAUAUUCUUGCCCUACAAAUUGGCCCUAUUUUUGGCCACUUUAAGUGGUGUGAAACUCAGUUUAAAUGGCACAGAUCCAUCAAAAUCAGAAAAUGGGAAAGGUGUACUCUAUGUUUGCAAUCACAGGACACUUUUGGACCCUGUUUUCCUUUGUAUAUUAUUGGGGAAACCUUUGACAGCAGUGACUUACAGCUUGAGCAAGAUGUCAGAGUUUAUUUCUCCAAUAAAAACUGUGAAAUUGACAAGAGAUAGAGAACAAGAUAGAGAGACCAUGCAUAAAUUGCUAAGUGAAGGUGAUGUUAGAAUUUGGUAG